AUUCAAACUGAACAAGAAUUUGGAAAUCACACAUCGAGAGUUCCUCCAAUCUUUAUCUAACCAAAUUUUUAAAGCAUUCUUCACGUUUAGAAUGAAAUUUUCCAAGUGGACGUCGCUGACACAGCGAUCAGACAUAUUUGGUAGCUUGCUGAAUGAACCCGGGCCGAUCAGAUUUGGCGAAUUUGAAGUUGCUAAUCUUUCCGCUGUACCACUCUUCAUUCUUCCGUUCGGCAAGAUCACUGCAAAUGAAAGCGCUGAGCGACCAGAAAUGAUGCGUUCGAUAAUACGCUUCGAAAUCAGAUUUCGGAGAGCCAUUUAUUAUUACUUGUUAACAGUUGCUUUACCACUGUUUUGCCUGGCAACAAUAACAUUCAUGGCGGCUACAGUUACAGAUGCAUCGAGUUCUCUUUUAUGGCUCCUGUUAUGCACUGCGGCACAAAUUUUGAAUUAUACGCAAAUGUUGAGUAGAAUACCACCCGAUCAACAGAAUACUCCUUUCUGUGCUCAAGGAAAUUCAAUUCCAGCACGAAUGGCGACAGUUGUAUUUGCGGAAACGUUCAUUUUGAUUAUGUACCGUGCGGCAUUGAGUUAUACAUAUGCACAUUCUGCGAACGACAGAGCCUUUCUUGGCUGUGCUAGCGUGCAGCAAAUCGAAACUGUCGUUCGCAUCCUACUGUUCUUCCACGUUAUUUUAAAUGGAAUUCUGUUAUUUUCAUGAUC